UCCCUCUCUUUUCCUUUCUUCGUUGUAUGCAAAAAUUCUUUUAACUCAGAAAAAGAGCGGUUACGUUUAUCGAAACACCAUUUGUACUUUCCAUCUGCGGAGCAAGAGUGUAACAAGACCGGACAGACGGAGAAGGAAGUAAUCUCGAAAUCCCUAAUUUCUAGAUGAAACCCCCCGAAGCCUCUUUUUAUUACCUAUCUUCUUCUCUUUUCUAGGGUUUCAUGUUCUGCAAUGCAAGGUUUUGAUGUCUUAUAGAUGGAGAGCAUCAUCUCUCUUUUAUCUGGUGGUUCUUCAAAUUUGGCUUUGUAUAUAGCAGCGGCUAUUACUGCAUUUUGUUGCUUGUGUGCUUUGUGGGCGUUUCGAUUGUCGCCCUUGAGCAUUUUCUGGAGGUUAAAAUUGAAGGAAUCCGACGGAGGUUGCGGUACCCAGAGUUCGUCGAACAAGAAAGUCUGUGGUUGUAGUUGUUCUUGUGGUGGGAGUGGUGAGGCUUCCAAUUCUACUUUUCUCUCUUCUCCUUACGCCAACGGUUACGUCGGAGAUAUGCACGAUAGAGGUCCUGUGGUGGCUGAGCGUGCCGACGGGGCUGAGAGACAGUCCGGGGCUUCAAUGAUGGAGCAGUUAGUUCCAGAGAUCACAACCCACGCGCUGAGUUACUUGGAUUAUCCGAGUCUAUGCCGUCUUUCUAUGACAAAUUCAUCCAUGCGGAGGGCUGCCAAUGAUGAUAACGCGUGGAAAGCUCUUUAUCACAAGGACUUCACCAUGGAACAAGACAGCAUCACACCACAUAAUGGGUGGAAGGCAUAUUAUGCAGCUACAAGAGCAGUUGUGAACGUCAAUGAUGAGUUCUACCGUAUCAUCAGAGACAGGUCCCUUCCAGCGAUGAGUCGUCUUUGGCUUAAUGCUGAUUAUGUGAAGUGCAUUCAUAGCUCUGGGGAGUUCUUCACAGGGUACGAUGCAGUUAUGGAGAGUUGGCAGCUUGCGUUCAAUUGGGCAGGGGUUGCCUUUCAGAUUCGGGAUGUGCGUGCUCGGGUGCUGACCGACAUGGCUUGGGUUACGAUGAAGGCAUAUGUGGACGUGGAAACUGGGCCAUUUAAUGUCACCAAUGUGUAUGAGUUCCACAAUGGGCAGUGGUACAUGGUUCACCAUCACGGCUCUGCAAUGUUCAUUGGUGGAGGCGCAGAGCACCAAAAUUUGUUCGGGUAAAAAUAAAGUAAAUGGAAGGAUAUAAUAAGUAAGAAAAAGGAAUAUAUAGUGCUCUUUGUUAGUAGGUCAUCUUUUGCUAUACAUGUUCUCAUUUGGUUUCUUCAUAAUUUGAGUUUCUUCUG